CUCGUUCUCGUGCGACGGAACGGCCGACUUCGACGCGCACUGCCCAUUCGAAUUCGAAGCUCGAAACCCUUCUGCAGUCGCUGGCGAUGGAAUCAAGCGGCGGAGAGGAAGUAGGGCUGGGGUCCCGGUGGUGGAUCGCAUCACGGCGAAGGCUUAUGCCCGAUGACCCCUUCUUCUCCGCCGGGAAUAUCGAACGCGAGCUCCUCGCCAAACAAGUAGCAUUGGAUCUAACUGAAGAUGAAAGAUAUCAGCUCCAGAAAAUGGAAGUUGCAAACACUGAACCUGUUUUUUGCCCUAUUGUUGGUUGUGCUGCUCGAUUAGAUUGUUUGGAGGACUUUGAAGAUCACUACCAUGCUCGUCACACUGCUUCAUGUUCGGUGUGUUCGAGAGUUUUCCCAACGUCACGUUUACUUAGUAUACAUAUCUCUGAAGCCCAUGAUUCAUUCUUUCAGGCCAAAGUUGCACGCGGUUUUCUGAUGUAUGAAUGUUUGGUCGAAGGCUGUGGAGUCAAGUUGAAGAGUUAUAAGAGUCGACAGCAGCACCUUGUUGACAAACACAAGUUUCCUACUACAUUUGAAUUCUACAAAAGGGCACAUCCUUCCAAGCACCAACGCCAAAAACAUCUACGAAGGCAAGCUAGCUAUCCAAAGGAGGCAUCGAACAAUACUGAUAUGGAUGUUGAUAGGAAAAGUUCGAAGCAAAUUUACCAGAAGUAUAGACCAAAAAAGGCUAGUCUCAAGGAGGGGAAGGAAAUGGAAAUGGAAGUUGAGGAGAGGAGGAUGGAUGAUCUUGUUUCUGCUGUAUCAAAGCUGAGCACAUCGGAUUCUUCUCCUUCGAGCAUAAGCUUUGGUCAUCGUAAUGCUCGUGGCUUUGCUUUUGUCCCUCGGUCGAUACAUCAUAACAGGAAGCAAACCUCUCAAUCAGAAGUGAUAAAAGAGCGAACGAUGUAAGUCUCAUGCGGAGAAUCUCUCUCUCUAUAUGCUGAGAUGAACCAUUUAGUCAAAGAAACACAGUAUUGAACUGUGGCCACGAUGAACGAUGUGUCUUUUGCUACUCUAGUGUUCUUAGCAUCAGAUUGGACAAUGUGAUUGGUUAUUCCACCAGUAUUGAACUGUGAUGAAUAAGUUUUCUCA